AUGGCUUCAUCGAGUUCAUCUUUCAAGUUGUGUGGCCCUCCGCUUUGCAAUGCUGUUGAGGGCGGUGUUCAGGUACCAACUACGACCGAAACGAGCACAACUCACGGCUCGACGACAACAUAUUCCGGAAAGUCGGUUCCAGGCCAUAUUAUCUUCACCAUACCCACUCUCAAAACCACAUCCACCACGGAAGGUACGGCACUAGCAUCAACUUCUACACCAAGUCCAACGCCGACCGAUAAUGUGCCGUACUUUACAUACUACGUCUACGAGGAGCCAGUCUUCUCCGCUGACAUUCUCGAAUCAUGGACAUCCACCGCGAUUCCCAAGCGUCUACGACAACUGCGUGGAGGCAAAGAACACAGCAAUGCCCACGACUGCGAGGGAACUAUACGGCAGCAAGCAGAACAAGUCUUCAGAGGUGACCAACCAGACUGGCUUAGAAAUAUGGCUGGAGAUCGGAAAAGUGUCUUUGUCUCGUUCUGGUUGCCGCAAUGGAUGCCCUCUGUUAAGGUCGAUGAACAUUCGGUACCGGCCACAGAGCAACAGGCUAUAUUUCCGACGGACUCACAAUCCCAUAUGCUGGGUCUUGAUGAGACGGUUGUCUCAUCGACCUCUUCGCUGAGCCCUUCGUCGACCCCUGAGGCUACGGCAAAGGAGAAGACGGUUCCUCAGAAAGUCGCAGUUGGGGUUUCGGUUCCGUUCGCGGCUGUUUUGCUCUUCAUCCUCAUCUGGCUCAUCAUCAGACUAAGAUCUCGACGCCAGAAGCACCAACAAGACGAAGAGCAGUCGCCAUCACCAUCAACGAAGAACAGAAAGCACAAGCGCGACUACAACACAAAGCCCCUCUACCCUCACAAACCCCUGACCGGCCUUUCAGAAACGAGCUUCACCACCGACCCACAACCAAGCUACGGCGCGAUCCUGAAGCAACGAGCCCUGGACAAGAACGAAGAAAACCCAAUCCCUGUACGAAACCUGCCAGAACUUCCGGGUAGUCCAACAGAGGAGACUGAACUCCUCCCAGCUAUCUCAAGCGACGACGAUGACUUCGGCACGCAUUUCAGUGGACUCGAGGAUCCCUUCUCGGAUCCUCGACCCGCUGAUUUCGCGGAAAUACCGAGUCCUGUCCCAGAGUCUGGGAUACGAAGGGCAAUGACACCAGGCGUAUCUCCCUCGUCCUAUCCAUUGAGAGAUCGUCUAAGCCACGAGUCAAAACGACGAAGACACGCCAUCGAAACGGUUCGACGGCAAACUUCAUCCGGCUCAGGGAGUUGGCGGGGGAGUGUAGGAGAAGAGGAACUGAGGAAGAUGCGCAAGGCGUUUGAGUUGGAGGGAGAGGAGGUGGGUGCGAGGAAGUUGAGGGGUAGUCGGAGUUUUGACGAUGUUGUUGCUGCUGGUGGGAAGGAUAAGGAUGAUGGUCGUCGUCGUAGAGUGGGAUGUUUCAGGCCCUCGGGACGCCAGAUGUUGGAUAGGGAUGUCGAGGGAGAGAUUGUGAAGGCUAUGACGGUGAUUAUGGAUGGGUUGGAGGGGGAGUUGGGUUAUGGGAGGGAUGGUUGA